AUGGGUGCAAUGAAGUGGAUGGUGAUAUUAUUCUUGCUGAGCAUAUGCUCACAGGCUGCAGCCCAAUCAGGUAUCCAAGUAUCCGUGUUCACUGCAACAUCCAAGACUGUGAUUCUCAGAUGGACCAGGUACACCGGAGCCACCUCGUACAAGAUCACCGUUGCCCCCCAAAACUCACCAAACAACCCCAUUGCUUUUGCCUCAUUUGGGCCGAACACAGUGAUGGGCUCCAUCACCCCCUUGUCCCCGAACAUCGUGUACACCUUCACAGUUGAAGCUCUGGAUGAUUCCCAACUGACACUGGAUGCUGCAUUUAUCGACUCAGCAACAGCCCCCGAUGAGAUGGAUCCCAUCCAGACAGUGAAGUCGAAGGACAGCAGGACCUUGAUGGUGGAGUUUAACUCGAAGGUCGGGGCGACUCAAUACGUCAUACGAGUCCAGAAUGACAAUGGCUUCUACAGAGAGGACAUCGUGUUGUCAUCCCCCGCUGAGAUUAAGUCCCUCACACCGUACACCGAGUACUCCCUUAGCAUCGUGGCGGAGAAUAGCGCAGGCCGCAGCCAGCCUUCAAGUCCUGUGACUGGAAAGACAGUUCUGCCUCCUCCUCAGCUCUCCACCUCCUCUCCCAGCAAUGACAGUAUCAUCGUAUCCUGGGCCCCGGUUGAUCAUGCCGUCCAGUACUCCCUGUCCAUAUACAAGCUUGGCUCAAACAGCAGCACGAUGCACAACACCUCCAAUGCCGAUCUGACCAUCUCUGGCCUGGACGCUGGAUCACUGUACGUCAUCCAGGGUUUCGCCUGGGACGCUGAGGGACGAAAGGGAGAAGGAAGUCUGUACGUCAACCAGACGACACGACCUCCAACUCCUUCCUCUGUCAGUGUGUCUGUGGUGAUGAACAAUGACGUGGCCAAACUCUCUGUGUCCUGGGACAUCAGCCAGGGGCUUUAUGGACCCAUUGAGUACCAUGUGAUGAGUGACCAGAACCUGACCUGUAACACCACAUCCAGUUCCUGCACUCUGCAACCUGCUGUGAGCUGUGGAGAGGUCCACGCUAUCCAGGUCACCGCCUCCAACGAGGCCGGGGAAGGCUACCCGUCCAGCCCCGAGGUCUUCAUCACCUUCCCCUGCCCUCCAGAGUCUUUGGCUCUUGUGGAGUCACCGGAAGGAAACUGUUCACUGACGUGGGACGCGGUGCCUCAUGCUGACAGCUACACGGCCUUCAUUAAGAAAAGUGACGGCAGUGAGGAGCACUGCAACACCACCAGCAACAACUGCACCUACCACUGCCAGUGUGGCUACACGUCCCUGAUGUUUGUGUUGGCGUUCAACCAGGCCGGCGGCAGUCCUCAAGGGCAGGUUCUCAACUACACCACCUUGCCCUGCUGUCCAGAGAACGUGUCCGUCGCCUCGGUGAGCACCGACACUCUGGAGAUCAUGUGGACAGCGUCGCGAGGGGCAGAUCUGUAUGAGACUCGAGCUGUAGACAGUUCAGAGGUCAUCGUCUGUAAUGAUACGGCACCGGUGUGUGCCCUGUCUGACCUCAGCUGUGACAGCGAAUACACUGUGGUGGUGACACCCUGCAAUGAAAUCAGCGGCUGUAACCAUGCUUGUAGAGCUCACACCAAAGACACAGCUCCCUGCAUGCCGAUGAAUCUGAUGCUGAAUCCGAAGAACUCCUCCUGCUUCGGCGUGAGCUGGACAGGAAACAACAGAGCUGCCACCUACACUGUCACUGCAGGUGGAGAUGACGGCACGCACACCUGCACCACCAGUGGAAGCAGCUGCGACAUCACUGACCUUCCCUGCGGAUCCACCUACGAAGUCAGUGUCACAGCAACCAGCGCCGCCGGCCAGAGUUUGCCCAGCUACUCUGACUCCCUGGAAACAGAACCCUGUUGUCCAGUGAAUCUAACGGUCGAUCAGGUGACUCAGGCGAUGACCAAUGUGUCGUGGUCUCAUGCCAAAGGGGCUCACUCCUUCAUCACCUCUCUAACUUCACCGCGAGGUCACGCCCGCUGCCACACCCAGGACUCCCACUGCCUCAUGGGAUGCAUCACCUGCGGCACCAACUACAGCGUCACCAUGGAGGCGUUCAGCCACAGCGGCCGCAAAUCCAGCUGCACCUACCACGGUUUCUCAUCCAGCGCCUGCUGUCCGUCGGGCGUCAAGCUGUACAGGAUGGCUGGUAACUCUCUGAGGGUUUUCUGGCGCAGCACCGGCAGCAGCCACAGCUCCGUGGCAGAGAUGGUUGGCAGCAGCAACAACUACACCUGCACCGCAUCUCCAGGAGAGAACAGCUGUGACGUUGGCAACGUCCAGUGUGGGGACGUCUACCAUGUGGUGGUAGCUCCACUCACACCAGAGGGCAGCAAAGUCCUGUUCUGCCCCAAGAGACUGUACUCAGUCACUUGUUCAGGGAGCAGCGUUGGCACAGUGAUUUACAGAGGGAAGAGAAGUGUGGACUAGCAUAUGAUACAACACAUCAUCCUCAUCAUCCUCUUCCUUCCUCCUUUGUCUGACUGGAAUGAAGCCUGGCUCGUAACUAAGCAGAAGAACUACUCAAUUAAUAUACCUUUUGGCCAUGACACAUGGGUGAAUAAUAGAAAAUAAUAUUUCAGAUAUUGUUUGUUGUUGUAAACCUGCCUUUAAAUGAUGUAUCAUGUGUCAUGGCCAAACAAAACCACCGCUGUGUCCUCAACAUUCAUAAUAAAGCACGUAAAUAUGAACAAAUCAAGUAUAAGAGGACAGAAACAGUCUCUUUUGUUUGUCCUGCUCACAAUAUGUAUCAUGAGAUAAAGUCAGGAUAUGGAUUUAGUGGAAAAGUGAAAAAAAUUCUCAUGAUAAAACAUUUGAUAAACAAACAAUAAGCCGUACAAUAUAGUGAGAAAGUUGUGUCUAAUUGGGAUAAAUGCAGAUUAGUUUUAUGCCAGGACUAUAAAAAUGUAAAAUUAAAUUAUAGAAAUGACAAAAACAAUUAAUUGGCAAAACAGUAAUCAGUAACCAAAACAGAUGUAUGAAAAAUGUUGCCACUUUCACUCAAGAAGUGUUAAUCAACAAGUUUACCAAAUUAAAAUGAUUUUUAGCAGCUCCAGCCCCAAGUAGGACGCCUCCUGAUGAUGAAGUGACAGACUGGAAGCACUUCAGUGUGCCGCUUGUUAUCCUCAGGAUGUAUUUCAUUAUCUGGAAUAUGUGU